UGUAGCCAUAAAAUCACCAAAAAAUGAAGAAACCUCAACCUCAAGAAUGCAGAAAGCAUCAAUAGGUUUUCAUAAAAUUGCACCAUCUAACGCCAUGAAUGAUCUCACAGACACUUUCGCGAAGGCGAACAUGUCCUCAUCCUCCACACGAGAAGAUUCUCCUGAGAAUUUAGACACGCAUGAAGAUGAGCCUCUGAAAACUUUCCAUCCAUUUCCUCAACUACCAACAGAACUCCGUAUUCAGAUCUGGACCCUCGCCCUCCCAUCCGACAAACGACUCUACACACUCUCAAUCUCAAUUCCAGCCUCCUCUGCUCUUCUCCCAACACCAACCUUCCUCAUCCACCACGCAGCUUCAAAUCAUAGUUCAAAAAAACCAACAAUUUCCCUCACCCGUUCAACAGCCCUGCUCCUCACCAACCAUGAAUCCCGCAGUAUCUACCUCUCCCACCAUCCUUCAUUCAUCCCCACCACUCAUCAAGCAAAACUCCAUUUCUCCCCUACCCAAACAAUUUUCCACAUAACCAACUACAAGACCCUCCAACGCAACGUGGCGUUUGCCCAAUCCAUCAAAUCAAACACGGCCAACUUCCACCACCUAAAGACCCUGUUAUCAGGAAUCCACUUCCUCGCCACAACAAAAGAUUCUUUCUAUCCAAGUGUAGAGCGAGGUGCUUGGUGGGGAGGGAGCGGAGGAGGUCCAUCAAUCCGUAUCUUUCCCAACCUCGAGACGUGGUAUUGCGUGCUGGGAGAAGGCGGGAGUAGGGCAGCGGCUGAAGAGGAGACGAGGAGGACAAGGGGACGGCUGGAGGGCUUUGGGAGGAGGUUUGAUAGUGAGUGGAAUGUGCCGGGGAUUGAGUUGUUGGAGCUGUGA